GCGAAAAAGAGGGUUAGGUCACAUUCGACGAUCAGGGCCAUAUUUAAAAAUGUUGUGAGGCAAUUUGCACUGCUUUUACCAUUUUCUUGAAGAAAAGUGAUCAUUGACUAUAAUAGUGUGAAAAAUCGUGCAAAAUGUCGGCUUCUAAACUCAAACAACCGGUACCCAGAGUACCCGAAACAAUCAAUUUUCCAGCUGAAGAGGAGACGAUUCUGAACUACUGGAAGGCCAUCAAAGCGUUUGAAUCCUGCUUGAAACAGUCCAAAGGCAGACCCAAAUAUACUUUCUAUGAUGGGCCUCCUUUCGCGACGGGGCUUCCUCACUAUGGCCAUAUCUUGGCAGGAACCAUUAAAGACGUGGUAACCAGAUACGCCCAUCAACAGGGUUAUCAUGUUGAAAGACGUUUUGGGUGGGACACUCACGGGUUGCCUGUUGAAUUCGAAAUUGAUAAAGCCUUAAACAUCAAAGGCCCAGAAGAUGUGAUGAAAAUAGGCAUUCGAAAGUAUAAUGAGGAAUGCAGGAAAAUUGUCACUCGCUAUUGCUCAGAGUGGGAAUAUACCAUUACCAGACUAGGGAGAUGGAUAGAUUUCAAAAAUGAUUACAAAACUCUUUAUCCCUGGUUUAUGGAAUCCGUCUGGUGGAUUUUCUCGCAAUUGUUCCAAAAGGGCCUGGUAUACAAAGGCAACAAAGUGAUGCCAUACUCAACUGCCUGCAGCACUCCAUUAUCCAACUUUGAAUCUGGUCAAAACUACAAAGACGUUGUUGACCCAGCUGUGACCGUCAGCUUACCAAUAAUCAACGAUACUGAGAAUACAUGUCUACUAGUAUGGACCACCACCCCUUGGACCUUACCAAGCAAUAUGGCUGCAUGCGUUCAUCCAACUCUUAAAUACGCCAGAGUCAAGCACCUCUCCACUGGCAACUUCUACAUUCUUAUGGAAUGCAGAGUUGAGACAGUAUUCCAUCCAGGAGACUACGAGAUCUUAGACAGAUUCCGGGGAAAAUCGCUUGAAGGUUUGAGGUACCAACCAGUGUUUCCCUAUUUUGAAGAGUUUGGUGACAAAGGUGCUUUUCGAGUGCUGGUAGAUGAAUACGUGACUUCCGACUCCGGUACAGGCAUUGUCCACAAUGCCCCGUACUUUGGAGAAGACGAUUACAGGGUAUGCCUGGCUGGGCAAAUUAUUACCAAAGAUAUGGAUCCCGUCUGCCCUUUGGAUAGUGUUGGCAGAUUCGUAAAUCCUGUGACUGAUUUUGCUGGCCAGUACGUGAAAGAUGCUGAUAAAGCCAUUAUUGCCCAUCUCAAAGCGAAUGGGCGUCUCAUCCAUCAGUCCCAGAUCAAGCACAGUUAUCCAUUUUGCUGGCGCUCUGAUACUCCGCUGAUUUACCGAGCAGUUCCGUCUUGGUUCGUACGAGUUGAACAAAUGCAACAAGAGUUGCUGAAGGCUACUUCUAAGACUUACUGGGUGCCCGAAUUCAUCAAAGAAAAACGUUUUGGAAAUUGGCUGAAAGAUGCGCGUGACUGGGCCAUCAGCAGAAACCGAUACUGGGGUACCCCAAUUCCCUUAUGGAUAUCCCCAUCCGGAGACGAAAUUCGGUGCAUCGGCAGCAUUGCUGAACUAGAAAAACUAACUGGGAGAAAAGUCACAGAUUUACAUCGCGAGUCUAUAGACCAUCUUGAGAUUCCUAGUUUCAUCCCUGGCAGGCCACCUUUGAAGCGUAUUCCUGAAGUAUUCGAUUGCUGGUUUGAAUCUGGUUCUAUGCCAUACGCUCAACAGCACUAUCCAUUUGCAAAUCUCAAAGAGUUUGAGGACAACUUCCCCGCCGACUUCAUUGCAGAAGGAAUUGACCAAACGCGCGGCUGGUUCUACACUUUGACUGUUUUGUCGACUGCUUUGUAUGGUAAGGCACCAUAUAAGAAUCUAGUUGUCAAUGGUUUAGUACUGGCUGGAGAUGGACAGAAGAUGUCCAAGAGAAAGAAGAAUUAUCCAGACCCUCUAGAAGUAGUGGGCAAGUAUGGCGCUGACGCAUUGCGCUUGUAUCUGAUCAGCAGCCCUGUUGUUCGAGCAGAAAAUCUGAGAUUUAAAGAAGAAGGAGUCAGAGACAUAAUCAAAGAUGUGUUCUUGCCUUGGUACAAUGCUUUCAGAUUUUUGUUCCAAAAUAUUGAGGUUUUCGUCGAAGGGAAUCAAAAGCAAUUUAAUUAUGACCCUAACAAUCUGACAAGCGAUAAUAUUAUGGAUAAGUGGAUAUUGUCUUCCACUCAGUCACUUUUGGAAUUCGUGCAAAAAGAAAUGAAACUGUAUCAUCUUUAUACGGUUGUGCCAUCAUUGACCAAAUUCAUUGAUUAUUUGACCAAUUGGUAUGUAAGAAUGAACAGAAAACGACUAAAAGGAGAAGGUGGAGAAGCUGACGCCUUUGUGGCUUUAACAACUUUAUACAACGUGCUUGACAAUAUUGUGAGAAUGAUGGCACCAUUUGCGCCGUUCAUUGCAGAACAUAUGUAUCAGUAUAUGAAGGUACUGAAUGCCUCAUCCUCGGACAGCGUUCAUUUUCUAAUGUUUCCCACUGCCAAUUCAGCCUUGAUUCAUUUGGACAUUGAAAGAGCAGUUGCUCGAAUGCAAAGUGUCAUUGAACUUGGACGAGUUGUGAGAGACCGAAAAACUAUACCCAUCAAAUAUCCGCUGCCUGAAGUUAUUGUUGUUCAUCAAGACCCUCAACAUAUCGAGGACAUUCUAGCGUUACAAGAAUAUAUUCUUUCCGAGUUGAAUGUUCGGAAAAUCAGUACUACUACUGAUAAAAGCAAGUUUGGUAUCACGUUGAGAGCUGAGCCAGACCACAAAGUAUUGGGACUUAGAUUAAAACAAGAAUUUAAGGCUGUGACUCAGGGAAUUAAAGCUCUUUCGAAUUAUGAGAUAAAUGAUAUGAUCUCCAAAGGUUACCGAACCAUUUGCGGACAAAUCAUUGAAAUUUCCGAAGUUCGACUGAUUUUUAAAUCUGAGUCUCUGAAUAUUAAUAAGUACGAAGUGAAUAGUGACAACGACUUUCUGAUUUUGAUGGAUAUAAGUCCGGAUUCUUCAAUGCAAAAUGAGGGAAUAGCAAGAGAGAUAAUUAAUCGCAUUCAAAAGUUGAGAAAGAAGGCUCAUUUGGUACCAACAGAUGAAAUAUCAGUAUUUUACAGAACUGAAGGAGAUAUAAAUCGAGUGGCCACUGAGUAUAAGGAGUUUAUUGAGGGUACUAUCAAAGCUCAGCUAAAAUCUGACAAUGAGCGAAAAGCUACCGAUCAAUUAAUCAUAGAAGAAACUCAAAAACUGAAGGACUGCAGCUUUUAUAUUGCAUUGACAAAAUCAGCUAGCCUCACUAAUGAACCUGGCAGUAUCUGGGUAAACGUACAACUAGUUGGAAUAUCUUCAAGAUAUUGCCACGGUGCUUCAAAGGCUGUGAUUCUCUCAAAAAUCGGCACAAACUCCAUUAGUGUGGAGCAGAUCAAGCACGAAAUUUCCAAACUCUUUGGAAUAGAUAAUUUCGAAUGUGCUAUAUCAGAAAACGAACUGCUGACAUCAGAGCAAGCUCUGAUAAAAGUAGGUGGAAGUACCAUUUUCGUAAUUCCAAAAGACAAAACCGUCGCAUUACCCAAACCAUCAUCAGAACCGUUCUGCUCAUUUUUCAAUGUUAAUGUUACACCGCAGAACGAUCCUGGGAUGGUUUUAGUGGAAAAUCCUGCUGGAAAUCCAGUUGGGUCCGACAUCCAAGAGGAAAUGGAAGUUCUAUGGACCGAAAUUCCUUAAUAUGUUUUUUAACAGUUAACAGAUUUUUAUUUUCACGUUUUUAUUCGAUUAUUUUUCUAUUAUAUAAGUUUGUUUCGCUAGAUUUAAGUAUUAAAGCAUUUUGAAUAUGA